UGGAGAAAGCUGCUAGCUACAACUAGUGUCARGAGACCAAAAGCUCACACAUGCCCCUGCCGAGUAUAGCCAACCAAACAUAAGCUCACAUAAGAGCAGCUAGUUGGUGGCUUGCUUGCCGGCUGAGUUGGAUUUAACGCCUCAAUGGCCAGCACUAACAUGUGCUUCUGCUCGACUACGCCACGAGAGUAUAUAGAAAUUUUGAAAAGGAAAUUUCUCGUCUUCUCAAACUGRUUACUGCUACAAAUUAACCAACAAYAACARUAAUUACUUAAAUCAAAAUAAACACAACAACAACACAAUACAAACAACUAAAACGAAAAAUCAAAGAGAUUGCAAUCAAAAAUCAAAAAGUAGAGUAAAAGCUCACCGUAAUUUGCAAAACCACAAAGCGAAACAGCGACACCACAAAUAAACAGUCAACAACAACAAAAACGACGAAAAACCGAUUACAUUGUAACCAAAAAUAAACACAGCGUCGCAGACACCAACAAGCAAACAAAGAAACGCACAGGCAAAGAUCAAAGAAGCAGAGAAACMGACGUGCGACGUGGUGAGGAAAAUUGCAAAUCACAAAAGCGAGGCGAGCAWAUCCAAAGUGCAGUGAAAAUUCAGCCUCAAAAUGGUCGACGACUUUUCACCGAUGCGCAUGCAGAAGAAGACGCGCAGCGCCUCCAUUUGCGCAACGAGCGGCGGCAGCAUCGAAACGGCCAUACAUAAUAUGCCGCCGUACGGCGCGGCAUCGGGCAGUGCCACACCCGAGAGCGGCGGCACGCCCGGCUAUCGGCGUCGACGACCGGCCACACGGUCGCAAAGUGCACGCAUCACGACCGGCGCCAAAUCGGUACGACGACGCGCACAAGCACAGGCCCAACAGCAGCAGCAACAGCAAUAUAAUCUGGAAAAUGCACGUUCUUACUGCACGAGCGAGCCGCGUCUCAGCGAAACGGAAACGCCGCCGCAAAGACGCAAAUUAUCGCAACGAAGACCACAACAGCAUG